AUGGACGCACUGCUGGGAGCCUAUGGAGAUGACGAUGACAGCGAGCAGGAGGAGGUGCAGCAGACAAAAGACGACGUCAUGAACGUGGUGGACGAACCGUCAGAUCAAUCGACUGCACGAAAGCGUAAACAGGAAGAGAAGAAGGUGACACUACCCCCGCCCCCAUUCGCAUCAGAGCAGGCAUCCUCGUCUUCAGCCACAAAAUCAUCGCCAAGCAAGAAGGCCAAGAUGACGUCACCUGCCCCGGGGUUGGUGAAAUUGCCCAGCCUCGAUCUCGAUUCCGGCGAAUCAUCAUUCGCGGCGCCCACCUACUCGGCACCACCGCCCAUGAAGCUUGUUGAGCCGCCUGCCGACUACGAGACCAAACCAAGGCGAAGAGGUGGUGGACGAGGUCAGUUUGUACCGCCACAGGUGCGGCGAGGGAGGCCCAACGUGCCCACGGAGGAGACCAUCAGCUACGAUGAGGCCACAAAGAAGAACACCAAGAGCCCUGCAAAGACAAACUAG